UUCUCGCGAGAUGUAGAGUGCCAGUCGCCUGUCCAGAGGGGCGGAGGCCCAGGGGGUACCACGUGGGGACUGUCGGAGCUGAGCCUCCCGCGGGCGUCCAGUUUGGGUCUAGGUUGGCAUUGAAAUCGUGGAGAUGAGGAAGGAAACCCCGCCUCCUCUAGUGCCCCCGGAGGAUCGCGAGUGGAACCUUCCCCCUAAUGCACCCGCCUGUAUGGAGCGGCAGUUGGAGGCUGCGCGGUACCGGUCGGAUGGGGCGCUCCUGCUCGGGGCUUCCAGCCUGAGUGGCCGCUGCUGGGCUGGCUCCCUCUGGCUUUUCAAGGACCCAUGUGCCGCCCCCAACGAAGGCUUCUGCUCCGCUGGAGUUCAGACGGAGGCCGGAGUAGCUGACCUCACUUGGGUGGGGGACAGAGGUAUCCUAGUGGCUUCCGAUUCAGGUGCUGUUGAAUUGUGGGAGCUGGAUGAGAACGAGACGCUCAUUGUCAGCAAGUUCUGCAAGUAUGAGCACGAUGACAUAGUGUGUACCGUCAGCGUCCUGCGCUCCGGCACCCAGGCUGUCAGCGGUAGCAGAGACUUCUGCAUCAAGGUCUGGGACCUCACUCAGCAGAUGGUACUGAAUUCAUACCGGGCUCACUCCGGGCAGGUCACCUGUGUUGCUGCCUCCCCCCACCAGGAUUCCGUGUUCCUUUCGUGCGGUGAGGACAGUAGAAUUUUACUCUGGGAUACCCGCUGUCCCAAGCCAGCAUCACAGAUGGGCUGCAGUGCCUCUGGUUACCUUCCUACCUCACUAGCUUGGCAUCCACAGCAGAGCAAAGUCUUCGUCUUGGGUGAUGAGAACGGCACUGUCUCCCUGGUGGACACCAAGAGCGCAAGCUGUGUCCUCAGCUCAGCUGUGCACUCCCAGUGUGUCACUGGGCUGGCGUUCUCCCCACACAGCGCUCCCCUGCUGGCGUCUGUCAGUGAAGACUGCUCCCUUGCUGUGCUGGACUCGGGCCUGUCCGACGUGUUCAGAAGCCGAGCCCAUAGAGACUUUGUGAGGGAUGCUACAUGGUCUCCGCUCAAUCCCUCCCUCCUCACCACCGUGGGCUGGGACCACCAGGUCAUCCACCACGUGCUGCCCACAGAACCUCUCCCAGCCCCUGGACCUAACAGUGUUGCCAAGUAGACUGGGUUUAAAGGAAUAGCAAAUCCCCCAGGAGUAGCCUCGCCCUUUGCCCUCUCGGUCUGAGAGACCACACAGGAGCCUUUUCAAAUCCAGGUCAGCUGAUACCCCAGACCCGGGCAGUCACUAGGCAUGUCUCCCAGCCUGGGUGGCUGAUUCUGGGAUCCUUAGUCAUAGGGAAGAAAACUACCUGGGAAAUGGAUAGAUACAUAUGUCUGAGUGUGUGUGUGUAGUUUUUUGGUCGGGAGAGGGAAGCCCACCCUCUCCACCCCCUAAAAACGAGUUCAUGAGGCUUUUAUGCUUCCCAUGUAGCUGUGC